AGUUCCAGAAGGACUCCCGAUGAGAGCACAAUGAAGCCGGUGUUGAUUCUGCUGCUGCUGUCCACCGGCUGGACCCUGUGUAGGGCCCAGGUCUACCACCAGGCCCUGAUGGACUAUUUGGAGAACAGACUGUUGGCUGUUGAGGGCCACGUGCACCUGUACCAGGAGCAAUGGCGGCACCACCAGGCGGAGGUGCAGGACCUGCGCAAACAGUCCACCGAGACCAUGGAGGCCCUGAGGCAGCAACACCACGCGCUCUCCGAAGACUUGGCGGCGGCGGCGGCCGGCGUGGAGCGCGUGGAAGGAGACAUGGACACGGUGGAGAGCCAGACGUCACCGAGGGCCUGCGCUAAGGAGGCGGACCGGGUGGUGGAGCAGGGAGUGUGGAGCCAGGAGGAGAGCCGAGGAGACCAGGACGAGGGCUGGGAGGAGAUUCCCUCCAGAGUGUCUGAUUGCGUGGAAAUCAUCUCUUCCAUCCGCUCCGUGAAGAUCCUGAAGCGGGUGGGCGCUCCCAAGGGCGUGUGGCUCCGAGACCCCAGGUCGUCCAAGGUUUACGUCUUCAACGGGACAGCGGGCGACACCGUCUACCAGUUCGCGUCUGUGAAGGCCUUCACGAAAUCGCCAGGGGGCGCCGGCGCCCGUUCCAUCCGGCUGCCCUCUGCCUGGAGGGGGAGCGGCGUGGCGGUUUACAACGGCUACUUGUACUACGUCCAGCAGGGGGCGGACGUGCGGGUGGUCAAAUACGACCUCUUGAGCGGCGAGCCGGCGGACGCGGCCAUCCUCCCCGUGGAGAGUCGCUCCGUCGUUUACGGCCUCAACCCGGAGACGCUGGCAGACGUCGCGGUGGACGACCACGGCCUGUGGCUCCUUUACGCCGGCGGCGAGAGCGAGGCCAACAUCAACCUGGCAAAGAUGGACCCCGUCACGCUGGACAUCGAGCACAUCUGGGAGACCCCCUGCCCCAGGGACAAGUCGGAGGCGGCGUUUGUGGCGUGCGGGAGCGUCUACGUGGUAUACAACACUCGCCUGCCAAGUCGCUCGCGUGUCCAGUGCGUCUUUGACGUCAACGACAAGGUGGCGAGCGAGGAGGCGCCGCUCUUCUACUUCCCUCGGCGGUACGGAGCCCACGCCAGCCUGAAGUACAACGCGGAGGAGAGACAGGUCUACAGCUGGGACGACGGAUACCAGAUCCUCUACCGGAUGAACGCCAAGAAGAAACUGAGUUAGCUUUGUUUUGUCCACGAGUUUCUUCAAGUCUUUUGGCGAGUAAAAGAGUAGAAGUUAGAAAACAUGUUUGUUAGGCUCGAUAAACACUAAACCAAGAGGGACCUAACAAUAGACCGCGGGCCAAGUUCGGCAUCUGACAAUUCUAAUAAUGUCAUUUUGUUGCCAUCUAGUG